AUGUCUCCACCAGAGAAGACUAUCGCCUUCAUCGGCCUCGGUGUCAUGGGCUACCCCAUGGCCCUCAAUCUCCGCAAAGGUCUAGAUGUCUCCCACACACUCCUCAUCUGCGACGUCUCCAGCGACGCACUCACGCGCUUCCAAAAGGACGCGGCCAGCAUGGGCCCUGUGGAAGUCAUCAAGAACGGAUACGAAGCCGUGCAAAGAGCAGAUACCGUCAUAUCGAUGCUCCCAGACGCCAAAGUAGUGGAGAAAGUCUAUCUCGACCCUCAAACAGGCAUCCUCGCAGGCGCAGCAAAACUUUUGGCGGAUGCCAGCGCGCAGAAACCAAACUACAAGAUUAUAAUGGAGUGCGGCACGAUUGAGACUGCAACAAUUUUAUGCGUCUCUAGUGCCGUAUUGUCUUCUCCCGCCUCCUCCAUCCUGACCUUUGUGGAUGCGCCUGUGUCUGGUGGGCCCAUGGGUGCACAAGACGGUACCUUGGCUUUCAUGGCGGGCAUGAACAACAAAGAGCUCUGGCCGAGUGUCAAGGCCCUCCUCUCGCACAUGGGCAAGCCUUCUGCGAUUUUCCUCUGCGGCGACAUCGGUUCCGGUACCGCGUUCAAAGUGAUAAACAAUUAUCUCUCCGCUAUAACCUCGCUCGCGGCGUCGGAAGCAUUGAAUAUUGGCACAAAGAUGGGGCUUGAUGUUGCAUUGCUCACGGACGUGAUUAAUGUCAGUGGGGGACAGUGUUGGGUGACAAGUAAGAGUAAUCCGGUGCCGGGGAUACAGCCCAAUGUGCCCAGCUCGAGGAACUAUGAGGGUGGGUUUAGGAUCGAGCUUUGCGCAAAGGUAUUGAGUAUGGGAAGUCGGCUAGCGGAGAUGGUUGGAGCGAAGACCGUGUUGGAUAAGCCGACGCUGGAGGCGUUUGGGGAGGCCAUGAGUGACGAGAGGUACAAGGGGAAGGAUGCGAGGGUUGUUUAUAAGUGGCUGAAUGAGAGCGAGAGGAAGUAA